AUGGUUAAGAAGAAAUCCCCCAACUCUAAGAAGAAAGAGGAAGAGGAGGUUGACUCUGAUGAGCAUACAGAACAGCACCACCGACCAAGAAGCUCUAUACUGCGGGAAUGUCGGAAGGAGGCAAGGGCCGAACUAGAAGCGGCUAAGCACCCACAUUGGAACCCUUCGGAGAAGGGGCCGUCUAUCAUGGAGCAUUUUAUGUCUACAGAACGGCUUAUGGGCCAACUUGCUAUUGGUAUCACGACUCCAACGGCUUAUUAUAUGCUUCUAUAUUCAUUGAGUGCUAAAGUUCGGGAUGCCUUACCACCUUGCGAUUUGAAUCAAGGCCGAUUUGAAGAUCUAUACAACAGCUUGAAGCUCCAACUCCGACAUCAGUACUACGAUCCGGGUGACAUCAUCAAGCUUAGGGCUGAGUUUAACAGCUUGAAACAGAAGUCAGGGGAGUUGGUCUCUGAUCAUUUGUAUACAGUGGAUCAAUAUGCUAGUCGACUGAGGUUACAAGGUGAUGUUGUGACUGAUGACCAGUUAUAUGACCUUCUAUGUAAUAGUCUAAUGGCUCCGUAUAAUGACUGGAUUCUGGCUUAUCGGUUACAGAAUGUGGCUUAUGAACAUGCUCGUAUGAUGGUCCUCAGUCGGAGUCGUUCUCUCAAUAAGCAGCAGACUCAGAGUAUGGAGAAGACAUUGCCUACGCUGCUGAGGUCACCAGUGACAGAAGUUCACAUUGCAAAGACUGUGGAUACCUAUCCGCAGGAAUCCUGCGGCAGGAUGAAGAGACGACUCAAAUGUUGGCCUUACCAUCUCAAUCU